AUGGCUACCGACCGCGAAAGUAAAACAUUCCUGGCGAGGCUCUGUGAGCAGGCUGAGCGCUACGAUGAGAUGGUCAACUACAUGAAAGAGGUGGCCAACAUGGGCGGCGAGUUGUCUGUCGACGAGAGAAAUCUCCUCUCCGUGGCUUACAAGAAUGUCGUCGGAACCAGACGUGCCUCCUGGCGCAUCAUCUCCUCCAUCGAACAAAAGGAGGAAUCCAAAGGAUCUGACAAACACGUUGGCACCAUUCGCGAGUACCGCCAGAAGAUCGAGAGCGAACUUGAGAAGGUCUGCCAAGAUGUCCUCGACGUCCUCGAUAAAGCCCUCAUCCCAAAGGCCGAAUCUGGAGAGUCCAAGGUGUUCUAUCACAAGAUGAAGGGAGACUACCACCGAUACCUGGCUGAAUUCGCUUCUGGUGAGAAGCGUAAGGUUGCGGCCACUGCCGCUCACGAGGCCUACAAGAAUGCUACCGAUGUAGCACAGACCGAACUCACCCCUACCCACCCCAUCCGUCUCGGUCUUGCCCUCAACUUCAGCGUCUUCUACUACGAAAUCCUCAAUUCUCCCGACCGUGCCUGCCACCUAGCCAAGCAAGCUUUUGACGAUGCCAUUGCCGAGCUCGACUCGCUGUCCGAGGAGUCGUACCGCGACAGCACGCUUAUCAUGCAGUUGCUCCGAGACAACCUAACGCUGUGGACAUCGUCUGAUGGUGGUGAAGGUGACGCUGGCCCAGCCGGCGAUGCGCCCAAGGAAGACAAGCCCGCCGAGACCGGUGCUCCUGCCGAGCCUGCAGAAAAGACAGAGGCUGCUCCAACUUCCUAG